CAAAAUUUCGUGAUUCCUUAUAUGGCUUACUUGCAGUCCAUCCCUGAGCCCUGUGUAGGAUGUCUCAUUCAUCCUGAGUGGGUGCUAACGGCAGCUCACUGCCCCUUACCCAAGAAAAUCAGACUGGGAGUGUCUCAACCCAGCAACCCGACUAGACAAGAGCAGAAGCGGGAGCACUCAAUGGCCAUCCCCUACCCUGAUUUCAACCCACAGUCUCUGAGGCAUGACCUGAUGCUGAUCAAGCUGUCCAAACCUGCUGCCAUCAACAACCAUGUGGGGACCAUAGCCAUAGCCUUCGAGCCCUUGUCCUUCAAUGAGUCCUGUUUUAUUCCCACUUGGACCUGGAACAACUAUCAAAAUUUCAGCGAUCCUGACGUCUUGUCAUGGAUCAACCAGCACUCCUUGAGCUUUAGUGAAUGCCAGGAGACACUCCUCGAAAAACACACAAAGAACAUCAUGUGUGUGGGACGGCCUCAGAUGGUCUCAACUAAGGUCAAGGAAGUUUCAGCAGCUCCAGCCAUCUGCGGUGGGCGGCUGCAUGGAAUCCUAUCCUGGAAGACGGGCAGCAUCACUCUGGGAAGUGAAGGGUUCUUCACAGAAGUACAUCACUAUGCAAGAUGGAUCUUGAAAAUCAUGAAUACCCAUUGA